CGACGAACAAGGAGGGAGGAGGAGGAAGAAGAUCGAUUCGCGAUUCCGCAACCAUGAGCUCCUUCAAUGGAAGCAGCAAUAUGGACAACCUUCUACUCCAAACCCUACUUGGACGCCUCCAGAUUCGUCCUCCUCUUCUCUCUCAAUCCCUAGAGGACCUCCUCUUCAAACCCGACGACAGCGACGUCGACGACGACGGAGAUGAUCGGAGCAGUCUCGAUCGGGAAGAAGCUAGGCUGGAGAAGGAGCUAAUCCGCGUCAUCGUCUCGGGUCGAGUCGAUUCUCUGAAGCCGAACUCAGGGCAGGCGGUGACGGUUAACGAGCACCACAUCUGCGUUGGGUUUCAUGAGGAUGAGGAAUCGGAUUAUCGUGUGUGGGAGUGGCACGGGCAUAUCAUGCUUUUUGAUGAAGAGAAUGGGUAUACGCCGGAGUAUAUCUAUGGGAAUUACUUCGAGAGGUUGCCGGUGAAGCUGCCGAAGAAGAAGGAAGCGAAAGAGGAGGAGGAUGAGGUUGAGAAUUUGGGUCUGAGAGAGCUGAUUGAUGGUGGAGAUGCUGCUGCUCGUGGUAGGGUUGUUCACAGGAACAUCAACAUCGGUUCCUCAAGGGCCUAAGUGUUACUUUGAUCGGCUUGGCUGUAGAGGUUACAUUGCUCAUGAAGAUUUCAGAUGUGUGGAGUGUGGACAACUGGGAACAACAAAACAUAACGCUGUGGUGGGUUUACGGCCUCUGUUCUGUUCUAUUUAAACCAGUUAACCCAUGGGUGAAUCAGUUCCUUUAAAAACAACCACCUGAAGGUGUUUCUGAUCCAAAUUUACAAUACAUGUUGAUGAACAGAGCCAACAAAAAUUACAUGAUAAUGGUCAUUAAACUUUUCCCUUGUUUUGUUUAUUGUAUGUUCUUGGCCUGAUCAA